AUGAGGGAGAAAUUCCUGCCUCCGUUCAUUUUGCAGCCGAAGCAGCAAGCAAAUACCGACAACACGAAUAGGAACGAUAGUGCCUUAUCGCGACCUACGUAUAGGAGCGGGCAGCAGCGACUAGCGAGAUUCGGCCCGCCGCUGGGCUUAGUAUCGGCUUCGGCAUCAACAUCAUCGGCGGCGCCGGUCGCGGCCAAGGCUUCAGGCACGACAACAACAAUAAAUGUUGCAGCAGCAGCGGCGGGCUCGGUGGUCAUACCGCCAGUACCGAGGAGCGGAGCACCCAUUACGUCUGGAAAUUCGCAAGUGGAGGCACGCUUGGCUGCCAGCGACAAUGCGCCAGAGCUGGCAGUGUACUCGGAGGUCAUGGAGGUACUCGGGAGCCAGCUGGGUAGCAGUCUCAUGGAGAAGCCGCUUAUUAAGGAGUUACUUGCAACGGUCGUACGCUGCGUACAAGCAUCGAAAGCAGGCAGCACGUGGAAGGCCUACGCACCAUGGAUGCGCAGUUUCUGCGACUUUGCGGUAGAGAUCGGCGUAAAGCCCUUGGACUUUAACGAGACGCAAAUUUCACUCUACCUAGGUGGGGUUUAUGCCAGCGCAGAACGGGAUAAAGUGGGACCGCAACGGGUGGAAACAGCUAGCGCAGCAGUGUCAGCUCUGUUCGAGCUGGCAGGCAAGCCGUCCCCGUGCAGCGGCAAGCUGUGCGCGGGAGUACGAGAAGCGGCACGACGCACGCUGCGACCCCAGCUCUUGAACCGUGCGGCCGCAGCUGCAGAAGACCUGAAAGCGCUGAUAGAUAAGCACAUACACGAGAACACCCAGCUCAGCGUGCGGAUAAUGGUCACCUG